CACAGCGCCUCUUGUAUAAUUCCGUGUACCACCUCUGUGUCCAUGUGCAUUACGUUCUGUACUUCGGAUAAGAAUUUGACUUCUCUAAGCUCGCCUCACUUCGACUUGGAACGCUUAGUUGUAUAGCGGAUGUAGAGCAUCUCAAGAACUCAGUUGAAUUGGUGAGGAAAUCCAAAGUGUGAUAGAAUUCAGUUCGAGCUCCCGAGCAGUUCCGCGGGACACACUCGACUUCAGAUUUACGUGGAAACAAAUUCUAGAUUGACGCAUGUUGGACCAUCGCUGAAACCAAUGAAAAGCCACGACUUGACACCUCCUCUGUGCCCGGAGGGACUCUCACUUAGACGCUGAAACGGAAAUAAGUGACGAAUACAGGCCGCCCUUGCAGGAGCAUGGGCUAACUGAAUCCCGAAGCAGCACCUGUAGAAAAUGUAGCUGUUGUGGCGACGUGGUGGAAGUCUUCUCCUCGUCGCCUGUGCCACUGCCACCGCUUAGCCCGGGCCAGUACGCACGAGUUGUAAUUUGCAUAUGGUCAUCGACGGAAAAUAAAACAUCGACGGAUUUCUGAUGUUCCGGUGACGAAUAAAAAAGACUAAUAGCCUAUUAGUACCAGUGAUGCAAAUGAAACAAUUUAUUUUGAACUGCGUCCAUUCUUGUUUACGGUGAAGUUACCAAACCCAUGUGUGACGGUGUUGUGAGGCCCAGCAUGUUCGAAAGAUCUGCAGUCUUUGAGUGAAGUUUUACCUCGGUGGCAUUGUGAGCAGUGCCCGAGUGCCUGUGCUGGAGACGCCACCAGGUUCAAGUGUCUGUCGUUGUGUCCACCAAUGAAUCCCAGACACCUUCCAUUAGGAGUGCCACCAACCCUUCUUGAGGCCGCCGACAGCCUUCGGGGCGCCGCCUGAUGUUGGUUUGCCGGCCGCCCCAACCUGCGCCAUGCCUGCUGCUUCGCCCUCCCGCCCUACCCCCGCCGCCCCCAGGCCCUUCACGCCCGCCCCGGGGUACGCCCAGUACCACAUGGCAGUGGUACAUGCGUCGCACAUGCCCACUGGAUAUGGUAGUCGACCUUCGCUCCCCAGCCCGCGGUACCUCGGAGUGCCACCUGGCAACCACCUGGCAGCGGCACUCACUCAGCCGUCGCCCCCAGGACUGCCCAGGUCACGCUCGCCGCGCCCUUCCCCCGUCCAGUACGAGGCUGUGCAACCUCCGGCGAGAGCCAUGCCUCCCGCAUUUCGCCCUGUGGGCAUCCACGGCGCCCUCAGCUCGCCCAAGCAGGCGUCCGUGUGCCCCGAGGCCCGUGGCUCGUACCCGGCGCCUGAACUCCCCGAGAGCCACCCGGUGCAGUGGCCCUCCGACGCGCCCCUGCCUGGCUCCGACAUGCCCUUCGACCUCUCCACGCACAACCGGGAACCCCGCAUGUCGCCGGCCUCCAGACCUCUCGACCUCUCGGAGUCGGAGCAGCCGCUCGACCUCCGAGUGAAGAAGAGGCAUCAGGAGGAGGACGAGAACAUGAACAUCGUCGUGCGCCGGACGCCGCCCACGCCGCCCCGACGGCCCGUCUCGCCCAAGUACGUGAGUGCGGGCCACGGGUUCCGGUCACCGCACCCGCACGAGGCGCCGCCCGCGCCCGUGGAGAGUGAACACAAGACCAGCAGCCUCCCGCUGGUGCACGUGACCAGCCCGGUCAGCACGCGCACGCCGCCCGUGGUGUAUCCCCAGCCAGUCCACCAGCCCGUGCACCACACCGUGCACCACACUGUGCACCAGAGUGUACAUCAGACUGUACACCAGCCUGUUCCCGUGUACACUGAAUGUCGACCUCUACCUCCGGCCUCGUCUGUCAGACCGCCCUACCCCAUGAUGGGUCUUCCUCACAACGCCUACCACCUGGGCCCGCCCGCAGGGUCCCCGCAGAUGGUGGCAGGGUACAGAGGGCCUCCGCCCGGACCGCAGGGUCAUCCUGCCCUCUACCAAGUCGUGGGAGACCGCAUGCCGAAGGGCGUGACCCCGCACACGGAGCCCCAUGGGCCGUCCCCAGUCCUCCCAGGGAUGUCCACCGUCAAGCCGCGCGAGCGCUACGCAUGCAAGUUCUGCGGCAAGGUGUUCCCUCGCUCGGCCAACCUGACGCGGCACCUGCGGACGCACACGGGCGAGCAGCCGUACAAGUGCAAGUUCUGCGAGCGCUCGUUCAGCAUCUCGUCCAACCUGCAGCGCCACGUCCGCAACAUCCACAACAAGGAGAAGCCCUACAAGUGCCGCCUCUGCGACCGCGCCUUCGGCCAGCAGACCAACCUGGACCGCCACAUGAAGAAGCACGACUCCGACGGCCCCACGAUCCUCGACGGCAGCCCCAAGCGGUACACGUCGCGGCCGCGGGAGGAGGCGACGACGACUGCGUCCGAGGAGAAGGACUCCUGCGACCUCAGCGGGUCUUUGGAGAGCCGCAGCGACAUGGUCGGGCCCGAGGAAGACGACGAAGAGGAUGAGUACAUUGAUGUCGAGGAAGAGGACGAGGACGAGGACGAAGAGGACCUCGGAGAGAAGGAAAGAGAAAAAAUAUCCUGCGCCGUGACCAUAAAGUCCUCGGCGACUCCCAUGGAAGUCGACGGCGCCGAGGCCAUGGUGCAGCCCGUGGCCGUCAUCACUGCGUGAUUCCUUCUUCUUUUAGUACAUCCUAAAAGUGUCCUCGGAAAAGACUCGAGUGCAGGAUAGGGAUCACUGUUAAGACGAACUUUUAGUCACGGCAGUAAACCAGAAACGUUUGGUCCUUUAGACAUUAUCUGUACCAAAAACACCAAGUGAUGCCAUUGUGGAGACCUUAUCUUAGCAGUGAGAAUUGUUUCCUGUCUAAUGACUACCUAAUGUUCAAUCUUCUCGUUCGAUGAGAGUUGGUUGAACAUGGUUGUGAAUACGGAAGAAGGAAGAGCAAAGACAAUUCAGGAAGUGUCUCACUCUCUGUCCUCGAACUUAUCUUUAUUUAAGCCUUAAACUCUUCCUGCUGGAAUUGAUUUCUUGUACAAAUUUCCGACCAACUCACGCGUAUGGGUAACAGAGUGCAACAUACCUUAGUCCGGCCAACUUGAGAAAUGAAGGUUCCUUGUGAAUUGUUAUAUAUAUUAGGUAUAUACUUGAAGCCAAUGUGCUCACAGACAUUGAGAAGGAGAGGAAGUAUCUGUAAUUUUUAAGUAGCCCACUGUAGUACAACUAGCCUAAGUGCAUCGCCGUAGUCAAACACCAACUAUAGGUUCACGCUUAAAUAAGUCUCCUUCACCCUUUUCCUUCCCAGUCCCAUUCUUAUGGUCUUCUCCUACCUUGAAAAUCCACGUCACGACGUCUCAAAGCAGGAUGUUAGAAGGAAAACCUUUCCCUGUUGAAACCCCCACGCCCAUCUGGAACCCCAUCGCCCGAACGCUGCAGAGGAAAGCCCAACCUCUGCACGAAACCCCCUGCUUCCCACCCUGUCUCCCCUACGUGCCUUGGCGUCAUAGUUACAGCUAGAGCAACAGCAACGGGUCUUCAAGAUGAUCAGGGACUUGGUCUCAGCCACUCUGAGGGCGUCUGGUCGUCAGGUUGCCCCGACUGCGACUGUCAUGACUGAAAUGAUAGAACCUCGUUCUUUAGGCUUUAAUUUGUCAUCCGUCGGAGAUCUGUGCACCUUUCUGUAAUUUUUGUAAUGGUUUCCAAAAGACCCCGUCUACACGUCUCUCUCUCUCUCUCUCUCUCUCUUCUCUCUCUCUCUCUCUC